GCCUAAAAUUCCACAUUUGCAGUUGGCAGCCCUGACGAAACGUCAACUGUCAUCGCUGUCCUCGGCGUGGCAUCGCUCGCAGUGGUUCGUUCUCUUUCUUUUACGUGAAUGCGCCGUAGUUGGCGUAUCGUAUUUUUUGGUUGUUCGUGAAAAAAAUCAUCAAACAUCCAAAAUGGUACGUAUGAAAUUCCCGUUUCGAUAUAACCGCAACGACGCGGCACCGACGCCCGUCCGUUUCGCGUACGAAUUUUCCAUUUCGCCGCCACCGAACCCUCCGAAUUUUCGCGUUUAUUUGGGUGUUGCACAACAGUAUGAAAGAUGUCGAAAAUAUCCCUUGUUUGCGAGUUUGUUCGGAACGUUCGCGUGUUUACACAUACAAGUCGAUUCCGGCGAAUUUCUACAAAGCGUAUCGGUGGUGCUGAAUUAAUAAAAUCGCUAAAUAAUUAGAGAAAAUAUGGUGAACUUCACGGUUGACGAAAUUAGGGUCAUGAUGGACAAGAAGAAGAACAUCCGUAACAUGUCUGUAAUCGCCCAUGUAGAUCAUGGUAAAUCGACCCUUACAGACUCCCUCGUAUCCAAAGCCGGUAUCAUCGCCGGCGCGAAAGCCGGUGAAACCCGAUUCACCGAUACCAGGAAAGACGAACAGGAACGUUGCAUUACCAUCAAAUCAACUGCCAUAUCCAUGUACUUUGAAUUAGACGACAAAGAUCUGGUGUUCAUCACGAAUCCCGAUCAAAGGGAAAAGGACGAAAAAGGUUUCUUGAUCAAUUUGAUCGAUUCGCCCGGGCACGUGGACUUCUCCUCUGAAGUAACAGCAGCGCUUCGCGUCACCGAUGGGGCUUUGGUGGUAGUCGAUUGCGUUUCCGGUGUAUGCGUACAAACGGAGACCGUACUCCGUCAGGCCAUCGCAGAACGUAUCAAGCCUAUUUUAUUCAUGAACAAAAUGGACAGAGCCUUGCUCGAGUUGCAAUUGGACGCCGAAGAAUUGUACCAAACGUUCCAACGUAUCGUUGAAAACGUCAACGUUAUCAUCGCCACCUACAACGACGACAGCGGUCCCAUGGGAGAAGUCAGAGUCGACCCGAGCAAAGGUUCGGUGGGUUUCGGUUCGGGCCUGCACGGUUGGGCGUUCACCCUCAAACAAUUCGCCGAAAUGUACGCCGAGAAAUUCAAGAUCGACGUCGUCAAGCUGAUGAACCGCCUGUGGGGCGAGAACUUCUUCAAUCCGAAAACCAAGAAAUGGGCGAAGCAAAAGGACGAGGAGAACAAACGUUCGUUUUGCAUGUACAUCUUGGAUCCCAUCUACAAGGUGUUCCAGUCCGUCAUGAACUACAAAAAAGAAGAAUACGAAGCGCUGUUGCCCAAAUUGGGAAUCGUCUUGAAACACGAAGACAAGGACAAGGACGGCAAGCAAUUGCUCAAAGUCAUAAUGAGAACUUGGUUACCGGCCGGCGAAGCUUUGCUUCAGAUGAUCGCCAUCCAUCUUCCAUCGCCGGUGGUAGCGCAAAAAUACAGAAUGGAAAUGUUGUACGAAGGUCCCUUAGACGAUGAAGCCGCUGUAGGCAUCAAGAAUUGCGACGCCAGCGCCCCCUUGAUGAUGUACGUAUCGAAGAUGGUACCGACCUCGGACAAAGGUCGUUUCUACGCGUUCGGUCGCGUCUUCUCCGGUAAAGUAGCCACCGGUCAGAAGGCCCGUAUCAUGGGACCCAAUUACACUCCCGGCAAAAAGGAGGAUCUUUAUGAAAAAGCCAUCCAACGUACCAUUUUGAUGAUGGGCCGUUACGUCGAGGCCAUCGAGGACGUACCGUCUGGUAACAUUUGCGGUUUGGUGGGCGUCGAUCAAUUUUUGGUCAAGACCGGUACGAUCAGUACCUUCAAGGAUGCUCACAAUUUGAAGGUGAUGAAGUUCAGCGUAUCGCCGGUAGUGAGAGUGGCUGUCGAACCGAAAAAUCCCGCCGAUUUGCCCAAGCUCGUUGAAGGUUUGAAACGUUUGACGAAAUCCGAUCCUAUGGUGCAAUGUAUCAUCGAGGAAUCCGGCGAGCACAUCAUCGCCGGUGCCGGUGAAUUGCAUCUCGAAAUUUGCCUGAAAGAUCUCGAAGAGGAUCACGCUUGCAUUCCGAUUAAGAAAUCCGAUCCGGUCGUGUCCUACCGUGAAACCGUCAGCGAGGAAUCCGAUCAGAUGUGUCUCUCUAAAUCGCCCAACAAGCACAACAGGUUAUUCAUGAAAGCCUGCCCGAUGCCCGACGGUUUGGCCGAAGACAUCGACGACGGGCACGUGAACCCCCGCGACGAUUUCAAAGUCCGAGCCCGCUACCUCACGGAAAAAUACGACUACGACGUGACCGAGGCCCGUAAGAUCUGGUGCUUCGGCCCCGACGGCACCGGCCCCAACAUCCUCGUCGAUUGCACCAAGGGUGUGCAAUACCUCAACGAGAUCAAGGACUCGGUCGUCGCCGGUUUCCAAUGGGCUACCAAAGAGGGUGUGUUGUCUGAGGAGAAUUGCCGUGGAGUGAGGUUUAAUAUCUACGAUGUGACGUUACACGCUGAUGCUAUUCAUAGAGGAGGCGGUCAGAUUAUUCCGACCGCCCGUCGGUGUUUGUACGCUUGUUUGUUGACGGCGGCGCCCAGGCUGAUGGAGCCCAUUUACAAGUGCGAGAUUAUGUGUCCCGAAGUGGCCGUCGGUGGUAUCUACGGCGUGUUGAACAGAAGACGUGGUCACGUAUUCGAAGAGGCCCAAAUCGCCGGUACUCCGAUGUUCUGCGUUAAAGCCUAUUUGCCUGUAAACGAAUCGUUCGGUUUCACCGCCGAUUUGCGUUCCAACACCGGAGGUCAGGCGUUCCCGCAAUCGGUCUUCGAUCAUUGGCAAAUCCUGCCCGGUAAUCCGUUGGAUGCCGGUACUAAACCGUACGGUAUUGUACAGGACACGCGUAAGAGGAAGGGUCUGAAAGAAGGACUUCCGGACCUCGCCCAAUAUUUGGAUAAAUUAUAAGCAACUGAUGAAAUCCUAACUUAUGUACAGAUUAUUUAAUAAAAAUGAAAAAUUCAUACAUUUUACUCAAAAAAAACAACAUCUAUAGUUAAUUAUAUUGAUUGUAUUUUUUUAUCUGGAAGUUUCCUUAGGUUCAAAUGGUCCAAAAUACAAAUUAAAUAAUCUGCAAAAUAAAGUUUUUAUUUGUUAUAUUUUAUAUUUUUUUUUUGUUGAUACUCCCGUUUGAUUUGUAUAUUUAUUAUCGAUUUAACAGCAAUAGCAACUUGAAUAAAU